CAGGCACCGAACAACUACCCCAGACACGUACAAAUUGAGAAGAGCUAUACAGUCGCUGUAUCUGAUAUCUGUCGUCCCUCCUUCAACACCAGAGCCACAGACUUGACAGGCUCACGGCCCUCUCCCACUCAAGAUGCCUACCAUGUGGCUUUCAGACACCCAAAAGAUUGGGGUCGCCUUCUGCUCAGGAGGCGGACUCUUUCUGAUGGGCGGUGUCAUGAUGUUUUUUGAUCGCGCCAUGCUGGCCAUGGGCAACAUCCUCUUCCUGAUCGGCCUCACCUUGAUCAUCGGCACCCAAAAAACACUCGCUUUCUUCGCGCGCCGGCAGAAAUGGAAGGGCACCGCGGCCUUUGCGCUUGGUAUCACACUCAUCCUCAUGCGCUGGGCGUUCUUCGGGUUCCUGAUCGAGCUAUACGGCAUCCUGGUCCUCUUUGGCGACUUUUUCGCUACAAUAGCUGGCUUCGCUGGAGGCAUCCCCAUUGUAGGGCCAUAUAUUGCAAAAGCACUCAACAGCCUGGGCGGUGCGAGUGCUGCUGCCAAUGGCGAGACCGUGUGAGGCCUCAUGAUCACGGCCAUCGUCACAGAGCACAUGAAGAGCAGGGUUGGAAGCCAUGAGAAUUAUCACACGAGCGUCGGCCCCAGGAGAGGGGAGAAGGGAGAAAGGAAGAAGCACCACCGAACGGCAUCGAAUUGUAUAUUACGAGCUACGAUCUGGAGUCCGGCGCACAAAUGGCACAGCCAUAGACGCCGAUUGGAACAUGAUACCAUACGAUAUAUGAUGCAAGAGAUUAUUUGGAAGCACAAGACGAGAUGCGCCUGUCUCAGCGCAACAAAGGAUGAAGCGAUCUUUUCUUGUUGCACGAUUCACAUUCAUUCGACAUGUAUUGCUGCGAGACAAAGCACAAGGUGCUUUGUCUCAGAUUUCG